CUCUGGCCGAUAAAAUUGCAACAAUAAACAAUUAAACAACGCACCAGCAGAGAGUGUCGUCUUUUAAUGAUUUAACAUAACAUUUUACCCUUAAAAUCCAAUACUAUGGAAGAAAAUAUCUGCAGAGUUUGCCAGGAAACUUCGGAUGGCAUGGUCAAUAUCUUUAGUGGCAAAUCGGGAAGAAGAAUUUCUCUGGCAGAAAUGAUUGCUCGAUGGAUUGGAAUUCAGGUUUGCAGAGAGGAUUCCCUGCCUGAAACCAUUUGCACAGAUUGCCUGGGAGAGGCGCAAAAUGAAUUCGAUACAAAGCAAAACGAAAAGGAGCGAAGGGGACUCUCAGGAAGACGCAAAUCAAAAAGAGCCGAGUUCCAAGUUAAAGUUAAGAAGGAGCCCAUCGAAAAUUUCGACGAGGAUACCUUGCAGCUUUCCGAAUUUGUAGUAGGAACUGCUGAAGAUAUCCUUGACACCAGCAAGGAGGAAGAACUACAUAAAGCUCUUCAGUGCUCAUUCUGCCAGAAAUCAUUUUCAAAAAAGGGAAACCUUCAGGUGCAUAUUCGGACCCACACAGGAGAACGACCCUACAGAUGUUCCCAGUGCCCAAAGUCCUUUUCACAAAAAUAUCAUCUUAAAAUGCACUUGAUGACGCACACAGGAGAACGACCGUACCAGUGUUCGCUGUGCCAGAAGUCCUUUUCACAAACCGGAGCCCUGCAACGCCACAUCCGGACGCACACAGAAGAGCGACCCUACAAGUGUUCCUAUUGCGAGAAGUAUUUCUCACAAAAAAGCAACCUUCAGCAACACAUCCCGACCCACACUGGAGAACGACCACACAAAUGUGACUUCUGUCCGAUGGCCUUUCCCCUAAAGCGUCAUCUUAAAACACACAUGGCGACUCACACGGGAGGUUGGCCCUAGAAGUGCUACCAAGAGAAAGCGGUACCAAAAACAAGGAGUCCUUAUGUAUAUUUUCCCAAGGCUGAAUGUUCCAAACUAUUACUAAAAAAUAGUGGCUCGGUGUCAUAAUCACUAAAUCCUUGGGAACUGGCGUUAAAGUGUGCCUAUUGUUACAAGUUUUGUUUUAAAAAUAAAAACACAAUCGUAGUAUUGUUUGUAAAUAAUAUUUUGGUAAACAAUUAUCUUUAAGACUGUAUUUAACGAAUGUAUCUUACGAAUCCACUUUGCAAAAAAAAACUAUCGUUAUUUCAAUCAAUUAAACGUAUAAAAAAUGUUUACCAAAGAAUAUAAAUAUUUCGGCAUUAUUUGCAUUUUAUUUUAAGACAAAAUCUAUACAAUUUAACGGCACUAAUAAUAAAAAUAAGUCAACUU